AAUCCCGCGGUGAGUUAGAACGCAGAACUGCUGGAAGUGCAGCUGGUACAGAAAUUAAUUAUUCGCCAGGUCCGGAGCGCAGGAGGUUGAGAGAUUGUGUUCGUUUUGUGGAUGAAACGUGGCAGCUUCCAUGAUGACCAAAUUAACAAAAGACAUCCUGUUGAAGAAAGGCCUCCCAAAAUCAAGCCAUCUGAAGAACGUGAAGACACUGAACCUAUCAAAAAUGCAACUGGAAUCCAAAGACAUUGAUUCCCAACUCUUUUCUCAAAUGCUGAAUCUUGAGGAACUGGAUGUCUCCAAGAACAAUCUGUCUGAACUCCCAGGAAAACUCAGUCUUCCUAAACUCAAAGUUCUAAACUUCAGUGACAAUCAGAUUGAAGAUGUUACUCCUAUACAACAGUUUUCCAGUUUGGAGGAGGUCAUGUAUGAGGAGAAUCUCUAUCUGACGGUUAGCGAUAAUUACAAAGUUUGCUGUCUUCUCCCUAAGCUUCGGCGGCUGAAUAAUAAAGAUAUAACCUCCUUAGCCAACCACGUUAGGUUUGUGAACCACAGGGAGCUGAGCAGCAGGGUUGAAUCGUACUGGGAAAAGAACUACAAAGACAAAUUACCUGAUGGGCCUACACCAGCAAUUAUUAAAUCUGUUAGUAAGGAAUUUCUGAAAUCUGUGGGGAAUCAUGUCAAGUAUGGACCGAAUUCAAUCAAAGACUUCACCAAGUGGAAAGUACAAAUAAUUGCAGACAAUUUAAUAUCUUCGUUUUUGGGUGAAAAAAGGAGUAGUGUGCCGCAGAAUGAGCAAGCAGAGGUUUCACAAACACAAAUUGCCGAAACAGAUUGUGAGGUAAUAAGUCCAUCCAGACGGCUCAGGUCGAAGGUAGAAACGGAUUCUGAGGUGAAAUCGCCAUCCAAGAGACUCAGGUUAAGCGCAGAAAUAAAUAGUGAGCAGGUAUCUCCCACUAAAAGGCUCAGAUCGAAUGAUGUGCUUGCAAUUGUAUUGUCACCAAAGAGGUCAAGUAAAUUGCAAGAAAGCCCACUCAAACGUACUCCAGUCAAAGGGAAACCGGAUAGUACACCUGUAAAGGAACAAGCUCCACGUAUAUUAUCGACUCCCACAAAAGUGUCCUUAAGGAGCACACCAUCAAAGAAAACAGUAGACAGAACAGUGACCGGUGGGAAAGAAAAGAAAGACCCACGCAAGAAGAAACAGUUCAAUUUGGAGCCGCUCCAUUUUAUUCAGUGUCACAGCAAAAAUAAUGACAGCGAUGAUUUCCGCACUCAGCUGUGGUCUUGUGCUUUUGAACCUAAUCUGGAUUCUUCAAAUUCAAGUAAAGUUAUUGCCACUUGUGGCGGGGGAUCUGUCUGUGUAACUGAUUGCGAGACUGGAAAAGUACUGAAUAAGUAUAAAGUCCCUGGAGAGGAAUUCUUCACACUGGCAUGGACAACUCUAACCAUGAUCUGCAAAGAGGGGCAGAAAAGAAAAAUUAAUGUAUUAGCAGCUGGCGGAAGAUUUGGCAUUGUGAAAUUAAUGUAUCCUAAAGUUGGUUUAUGCUAUGGUGAGAUAAAAGCGCAUAAAAAGGCCAUCUCCAUCAUGUGCUUCAGCCCAACUCAGGAAACCUUCCUCUUCACUGGAUCUUAUGACAAGAGGAUUAUCUUAUGGGAUAUAGGCGUUCCUGACCAUGAAUACAACUUCAGAGCUAGCCAGUUGCUCACCCUGCAUACUACAUCUACUCCUCUGCGUCUCUGCCCAGUUCCUGCAAGUCCAGAUCAGUACUUCAUGGCAGCUUGUGAAGAUGGAUGCUUUGUUUGGGACAUAACGCUAAAAAAGCAACAGGGAAGCCGGUCCUAUGAAGUAGAGUUCAGUUUUCCAAUAUACAAUAAGGAAUCCAAGGAUUCAGAUUUCCACAUUGUGGAUGGUCUGGCGUUUCUAAGUAAUGAUCUUGUAGUUUCUAAAAGUGCAUUGCAAGGAUCCAUAUAUGUAUGGAGCUGGAAGAAAUCUUUUGAGAAACUAAAGUCUAAGAGCAGCAGGAAAGCAGAAGCCCAAAUCUUAGCAGAGCUGAAGUGGUCAGAGACGGAUCUCCCGUAUCUUGCUCUAACAACAUCUGCAGAUGAAGACUGUGUUUUGUGUGGAGAUGAAGCUGGAAAGAUAUGGAUAUAUGACCUUGAGUCUUGCAAGGCUGAAUUACAAAAAGGAGUAGCAUGCAAGGCUUUGAGGGAGCCCACAAAGAUCAUAGACUGGCCGUACCUCAGUGCGAAAAAAGAGAAAAUGGGAGAGUCUGUGAUUAACACCGUGCUUGUGGACCCAGCGAUGCAAUACUUAGUGGCUUUAACCGACAAAAACAUUAUUGCUAUAUGGAAGAUCCUGCCGUAGUUUAGAGCUUUCACAUAGUUCUUAAAGGUGUUUCCCCAUGGGAAAGGUUUUAUUAAAUUUUUUUACUUUUUAAUAAUUUUAAUUU